AAGGGGUUUGGAGAACAUAUCAACGGCUUCAAGUUAUUAUUUUCAACUAUUUAAGCAGUUUUAACCGGAGAAACUAACUUGCAUAGUAAUUUUUUUUGUUGCUGAAAUUGGAUUUUAAAAUCGUAAAGCAGGAAACAGCCGGAGGGAAACUGUAGCAUCGUCGGUUUAAGACAGAAGAGGGUUUAAAAACAACUAACAGGAAUUCAGCCAACAGCAGGAUGGAUUUUAUCGGCUUCAACUAACUGUAAACGUUCAGAAAAUGUUGGAGAAAAGAGCGGUGGAGUUUCAACUGGAGGAGGAAGUCAGAGGGAAAAACGUGAAGGAACCGUUCUGCAAGCAGUAUCACUGGGGGUCCCUGCUUGGCCGGGGUGGUUUCGGUUCAGUGUUUUCAGGCCACAGGCUCUCUGAUGGACUGCAGGUUGCCAUUAAACAGAUUUCCAGUGACAGAGUUCAGCAGUGGGCCAGACUGCCCGGCGAGGUCAGCCCUGUGCCUAUGGAGAUUGCUCUGCUGCAGCGGCUAUCAGAGGUCGGGGGUCACAGUGGGGUCAUCUCCAUGCUGGACUGGUUCGAGGUGGAGGGGCAGGGUUUCCUACUGGUGCUGGAGCGACCGGCACAAUAUCAGGAUCUGUUUGACUUCAUCACGGAAAGAGGAGCGCUGCCUGAACACCUCGCUCUCAGGUUUUUCCGCCAGAUUGUGGAGGCGCUUCAGUUCGUGCACGCUCAUGGCGUCGUGCACCGAGACAUCAAAGACGAGAACAUUGUGGUUGACACGAGGACACUUGAAGUCAAGAUCAUUGACUUUGGAUCAGGAGCGCCACUCAAAGAGACACCGUACAGCGAGUUCGAAGGUACUCGGGUCUACAGUCCUCCUGAGUGGAUCCUGUCUCAGUCCUAUGAGGCCCUCUCUCUCACCGUCUGGUCUCUUGGGGUUUUGCUCUUCGACAUGGUGUGCGGCGACAUCCCGUUCGAGCGCGACCAGGAGAUCGUUAGGGCCACGCCCAUUUUCACCAGACGGGUCUCUAAAGAAUGCCACUCUCUGAUUCGCUGGUGUCUGUCCUACCGUCCAGAGGAGCGUCCAACUCUGGAGGAGAUCCUGUCACACCCCUGGAUGGAGGGAGCUGAGGUUGAGGAGGAGGAGGAGGAGGGAGGAGACCUGCAGGAGGACCACUCUCUGCCCAGUCAGUCCCUUUAACUGCACAGACCCUCACAAUAAACGUAACCCUGAACGCACAGGUCUCUGGACUCCUGAGACUCCACAAGAGGGACUCCUCCACCCAGAUUGUGUAGGACUCUGCUAAGCCAGCAGGACAGUGCCAGAAACUAAAGCCUCAGGCUGGACUUUAAAGGAGCAGAUCUGUGGUGUCUUCAUGUUUCAGCUCAUCAACCACAGUUCACAGAGACUUUAAACCUGCUGUAGACAGAAAACACACUGAAGACACAGUGGACAUUUUAAUUUCACUUUUAUGGUUUAUUUCAUCAACAUCAGCUCUGUGUCUGAAAAGUGUCCUUGAACACAUCAACGGAGAGUUUUUGAAACAGUCUCAGCUGCAUCAGAGGUGACGUCUCCGCAACAGGUCUGGAGCUGUUUCUAGGUUGAUUCAUUUCUUGUUUUCUUGUCAUUUCUCUUGGUUAUUUAUUGACCUGAGUAUUUAUUAAGAUGUGGAGCAUGUCCAACAGCUCUGUCGUCUGUUCUUCAGUAGGUUCCAGCUGUAGAAGAGAACUCUGGUUCUGGUUCUCUGCAGUUUGUUAGUCCUGUAAUUCACUCUGUAUUCAUGGCUCCGUCACUGUCCUCUGUUCUAACUUUGAGGAAAAUGGAGAGAGUUCAGUCAUUCGGCUUGUGUACUUUUAAGUUACAUUUAUAACAGACAGUUCAUAAUCUGUGGAGCUUCAGUUACAUGAACAUUUACACAUUAAUACAUAUACACACAUCAGUGUGUCAGUGUCAUCUGCACACUGAAAUGUUUCAGCUGCAAAAGACACAGACAAGAGAUGACUAUAUAAAAUGACUGGGCUGUAACAGUGACAGUAAAAAUGUCUGACUGAGUUUCACACAAAAUCCUCAGAACUGAGAAUCUGGAACAAGAGAAUUUUCACCAUCUCUGUUAAAAGAAAAAAAAAAAAAAAGACUAAAUCAGUUAAUUGAUAGUUACAUUAUUUAGUGUUGAUCAGCUCUAACUCCACUAACAGCCAUCAUAACAGGAUUUAAACAUGAGGUGUCCUGACAGUCUGUAGUAUACAUUUUAAAUGUUUUAUAUCAUGUGAUCUUCUGUUUACCGACAUUUGUUGUCUGUUCAUGUGGAGGAAAGUUUUAGGGAGAUUUUCCACCCUUUCUGUUUGUGAGAUAAUAUCCUCAAAUCUCAUCAGAGCACUUUCUCCAUUUUCCUUAUUCCCAGACAUUCAGACCUUCACAGGGGAAUGUCCUAAAAAUACAGUCACACACCAGAAAAUCACUCCAGCUGUUGUGGACAGGUGGGACAGUCCACAGUCAGAUCUCAGAUCAGUUUUCAGCUCAGAGGUCGGAUGUAGUUUGACCUUAACCUCAGAAUCUUAAUUUAAUGUUAGAGCAGAUAUUUAUUUUCUCUGAGUUUCCUCCUGUGUCAUCAGGUCUGAGGGGGUUCUUCCAGGUUCAGAUGAAAACCAGUCAGUCUGGUUCAUAGUGAUCCGCGUCCUGUUGAUGUUUGGAUGUGAAGUCACUGUAAAUACUUGUGUAUUAUUCUGUGUUUUAAUGAUCAAAGUGGCUUGUUGUCACUUGUUCCUGUUUAUUUACAUUAAAUAAGUGUCGAUGGAUCGAAUUGAAAAAGAUCCUAUGUUUGAAUAAAAGAGGUUUUUUGUCUCUUCAUCACAUGG